AUGCGCUUCCGAACACAAUUGAAAGAUAGCAGGACAUUCUCCAAGCUCACUGCGUCCCUCUCCACCCUGGGCAAGGUGUGUUGGAUGCGCCUGGAGUACGAUGUGAUCCGCUUCACCAUCAUUCCCGACCAAGGCACCCAAGUAUGGGCGUCAAUACCAGUGGGCACGAUCUUCGAUGAAACUACCUACUCAUUAGAAUCCAACUCAGACGCCAUCAACAUCGAAGUCAACAUCAGCGUCUUGAAUCGCGCACUCCGAUCAGCAUGGGGGUCAUCACAUACGCAACUCCGUCUUACAAAGAAAGACAAGCUACCCCUGCUUGCACUAACCGUUCUCGCCAGCGAAUGGACAGAUGGUAACAUGGCACUCGCAACGGAUGAAACACCCGGCGAGACAACAGGUGAUCGCGGACCCCGCGAACGCCAAACUUGGAUUACCCAAGAAGUCCCGAUCAAGAUCCUGCACGAGUCUGCAGUGGAAGGUUUACAUGAACCGCACUGUCCAGAUCCGGAAGUGCACAUCAUCUUGCCUAAUCUGGGCCAGUUGAAGAGUAUAUCCGAUAGAUUUACCAAACUUGCCUCGACCAGUGUCAAGGGAAACCAAUCGGGUAUUGUGGCGCCCGAAGCACCGAGCGAUAAUACUUCUACGUUUGGUGCUAAUACGACUGGGUCGACGAACUCGUCGCCUAAGCUGGAAUUAUCCGCGAACAUGCAUGGCUCGCUGCGCCUGGCUAUUGCUACUGAUGAAUUGCGGAUAUCGAGUGUCUGGUCUGACCUGGUAAAUCCGCCACUGGACCCGGCGCAGAUGACACAGGAGCAAAUUGAGCAGCUUCCUAGUGAGCGAAAUCGGAUGCGACAGGUCAGGGAGGGGGACGAAUCGGGGUGGGCUAAGGUGCGGAUUGAUGGGAAGGAUUGGAGUCGGGUGUUGAGUAUUGGGCGGAUGAGUCCUAAAGUUGUUGCUUGCUUUGUCAAUGAUAUCGCCCUCGUGCUGUAUGUUUAUCUGCCGGGCAGCUGGAAUGGCGAAGAAUCCUGUCUGACCUAUUAUAUCAAUUCAUUUACAACGUGA